GACCAGCCCCCAGCGAAGAGGCUGGAACCAAGGCCCGCUUCCCUCUGCGUGAUGCUGUGGAGGAGGGCACCUGGACGGCCACCGUGGUGGACCAACAGGACAGUGUCCUCUCGCUGCAGCUCAGCACCCCAGCCCACGCCCCCAUUGGCCUGUACCGCCUCAGCCUGGAGGCCUCCACCGGCUACCAGGGCUCCAGCUUCGUGCUGGGCCACUUCACCCUACUCUUCAACAGCUGGUGCCCAGCGGAUGCUGUGUACUUGGAUUCAGAAGAGGAGCGGGAGGAGUACGUCCUCGCCCAGCACGGCUUUAUCUACCAGGGCUCAGCCAAGUUUAUCAAGAGUGUACCUUGGAACUUUGGGCAGUUUGAAGACGGGAUUCUGGACAUCUGCCUGAUGCUUUUGGAUAUCAACCCCAAGUUCCUGAAAAAUGCCAGCCGCGACUGCUCCCGCCGCAGCAGCCCCAUCUACGUGGGCCGGGUGGUGAGUGGCAUGGUCAACUGCAAUGAUGACCAGGGUGUGCUGCUGGGACGCUGGGACAACAACUACGGGGACGGUGUCAGCCCUAUGUUCUGGAUCGGUAGCGUGGACAUCUUGAGGCGCUGGAAGAAGUACAGCUGCCAGCGUGUCAAGUACGGCCAGUGCUGGGUCUUCGCCGCCGUGGCCUGCACAGUGCUGCGGUGCCUCGGCAUCCCUACCCGUGUGGUGACCAAUUAUAACUCGGCCCACGACCAGAACAGCAACCUGCUCAUCGAGUACUUCCGCAAUGAGUUUGGGGAGAUCCAGGGUGACAAGAGUGAGAUGAUCUGGAACUUCCACUGCUGGGUGGAGUCGUGGAUGACCAGGCCAGACCUGCAGCCAGGGUACGAGGGGUGGCAGGCCCUCGACCCAACGCCCCAGGAGAAGAGCGAAGGGACAUACUGCUGUGGCCCGGUUCCAGUGCGUGCCAUCAAAGAGGGCGACCUCAACACCAAGUACGAUGCACCUUUUGUCUUUGCCGAGGUCAACGCUGAUGUGGUGGACUGGAUCCAGCAGGAUGAUGGGUCCAUGCACAAAUCCGUCAACCAUUCCCUGGUUGUGGGGCUGAAGAUCAGCACUAAGAGCGUGGGCCGCGAUGAUCGGGAGGACAUCACCCACACCUACAAAUACCCAGAGGGGUCCCCAGAGGAGAGGGAAGCCUUCACGAAGGCCAACCACCUGAACAAACUGGCCGAGAAGGAGGAGACGGGGGUGGCCAUGCGGAUCCGCGUGGGCCAGAGCAUGAACAUCGGCAGCGACUUUGACGUCUUUGCCCACAUCACCAACAACACGGCUGAGGACCGUGCCUGCCGCCUCCUGCUCUGUGCCCGCACUGUGAGCUACAAUGGGGUCCUGGGGCCGGAGUGUGGCACCAAGGACCUGCUCAAUCUUUCCCUGGAGCCCUUCUCUGAGAAGAGCAUUCCUCUUCGCAUCCUCUAUGAGAAGUACUGUGACUGCCUGACGGAGUCAAACCUCAUCAAGGUGCGGGGCCUCCUCGUCGAGCCAGCUGCCAACAACUACCUGCUGGCCGAGAGGGACCUCUACCUGGAAAAUCCACAAAUCAAGAUCCGGAUUCUGGGAGAACCCAAGCAGAACCGCAAGCUGGUGGCCGAGGUGUCCCUGCGGAACCCACUCACUAUGUCCAUAUCAGGCUGCACCUUCACCGUGGAGGGGGCUGGCCUGACUGAGGAGCAGAAGGUAGUGGAGAUCCCAGACCCCGUGGAGGCAGGGGAAGAAAUCAAGGUGAGGGUGAACCUGCUGCCGCUCCACGUGGGCCGCCAUAAGCUGGUGGUGAACUUCGAGAGUGACAAGCUGAAGGCUGUGAAGGGCUAUCGGAAUGUCAUCAUUGGCCCCUAAGAGCCUCCCGUGCUCAGCCCCACCUAAGCCUGUUGACAGCCCCCAAUUUGACCCCCAUCUUUAUCCCAAGCCCAUGAGCGAGAUUUGCCCCUUCUUGGGCUCCAGACCCCAGGGCAGCGGUGGACUGCUCAUGGGAGCUCUCUGGAACGGUGUGUACUUCUGGCCUAUUUUGUCCCCCUAAACCUACCUCCCCACCCAGCCUCUUAGCUGUGAGGAAUGUUCUGUGUGACCACAGUGGGAGCCUUGCCCUUGGCUGACUGGGGCUGGGGUG